CUCUGAUAUUUGAAGGUCAAACUAAAGGAUAAUGAACUUUCGCUAGUGUGUUGUCUACGCCAAGGUCUAAAAAAGGGAAUGAUACGGUCGGAAAUUUCCUGCGACAGUAAAUAUUUAGUUCUUGGAGAGGAAUCUGGUUUUGGUUUACUCUCACUUAAUCUACCUAGUACCACUCUAAGUAAAAAUCAUCAAGAUCAUUCUCCUCGUCCUUCCCUUAAAUCCUUUGGAAGUGAAAUUCGUUGUUCAAUAGAUGAAUUAGAUGCUGUCAUUGCUACGUAUGAUGUUAAUAAUAAUGAUGAUAAUGAUAUUGAAUCUAAGAAACAACAAUUAUUAACUUCUUCUUCAUUAACUAAUAUUCCUUCUAUUAAUACUUCAGUAGAUUAUUUCAAUUAUUCAACGUUUACAAAUUCUCCAUCAUUAUCAAAUCAAUUAUCUUCAUUAAAUAGAACAACAAUAACAAAUAUGAAUUAUGUAACAUCUAUUACACAUAAUAGUAAUAUCAAUGAUUAUCAUCAUAAUAAUAUUAAUGAUAUAAAUGAAAUAAGAAAAUAUUAUUAUGGAGAUCAAAUACAAAUAAAUAAUCAAUAUGAUCAAUUAGAUGUCAACUCGUCUUCUUAUCCAACAACAACAACAUCAUCAUCAUCAUCGUCAUGUACUUUCACAAAUUAUUGUAAUCAAAUCGAACCUUCAUUUCCAUUGCCUCCACCUGAUGCAUUUGCUUCAGAGGAUUUUCCACUUCCACCACCACCACCACUGCCGCCUCUACUAUCAACACCAACAUCCGAGGCAACAACAGGCUCAGCCAAACCAGUAACAUUGUUAACAAGUCACUUCUCAUCAACAACAUUUUCACCUUAUACUACCAAUUCGACAUUAACAACAUUGAAUGCUGGUAAACACCUACAGAGCUUUCCUUCUACUAAUGGGUAUUCACAGUGUCAGCCGUUUGAUCCUAUAUGUCAUGUAGAAUCAACCAUCAACUCAUAUAAUACAAAUAAUGGACAUCAUACACAACAGUUUCAUCAUAAUAUACCUACAACAAAUUCACGAAAACCAUCAAUUCCUCAAAGAGCUCCAUCCACUCGACUAACGAGUUUACCGAGUUGGCCUAAACAUCAUGACAUGGAGACACCUAUUUCUGACACUAUGAUAACAUCUAAUGCUAUGGUCACUGGAAAUAAUGGAAUAGAUCAUUUGAAAACGAAACAUUCAGUGGAGUCAUCAAAUGAGAAUAAUAAUAAUAAUAGUCACUCAAUUGAAUGUACCACAUUACCAGUACAAGAUAUAAUACGUAAAUUUGGCAGUCUACUUAUGAGUAAUGCAAAAAUAUCAAAUCAAUGCAGCACAACUUCUAAUGUACAAAGUACUUUAUCAUCUACAAUACGACCAAAUUCAAUCAAUGAUUGUAUACCUCAUAACAACAAUACUAAUAAUGUAAACAAAUCAAUUAAUCACAAGUACAAUCAACCAACACUAUCUACUAAUUCACAAUAUUCACCUAUCACUACUGGUCUAGCUACAUCAACUGCUCUCGCACCACAAAAUAAUGCAACACAAGAAGUUGUCAUGUCAACUACAUCAUCAUCACCAUUGUUAAAUAGAAAUAUAAAUCAAAGUAGUUCAUCCGAUAUGAAUCAUUCAUAUCAAAUGAUGAAUAUUCCAUCGGGGAAAUUAUCAAAAGGGAAUGUCUGUGCAAACAAUAAUAUAUCAUCUACUUUACCUUAUCCAUUCUCGUCUAAUUCUACCAAUGUUACCAUUACUACUACUACAACUACUAUGUCCAAUCAUCAUAAAUCGUUUAUUGAUUCAUUAUAUGUUAAUGGAAAGUUUCUAAAUGAUAAAUGCUCUAUAUCGACUAGUUCAUCUUAUCAAUCUGCAUCGACAGUUCUUCCAGAGGAGUAUUAUCAAACAAAUUCAUCAUGUACAACAUUGAAUUCUGGUAAUGGAAAUAUACCUAAUGGAUUAUCAAAACUACAAAAUCGUGUUCAUUCUUCACAUUGUACUAUUAAUAAUGAUGUAAACAAUUCCACAAAUCAUUAUAUUCACAGUCAACAAUCACAACAUCAUCAACAGUUGAAUUCACAUGUUGUUCAUCAACUUAAUAGUACAACAUCGUUACAACCUCGUUCAUCUUCUGAUUGUCCAUCGAAUUCAUCUUUUAUUCAUGUACAAUCAAUGAAUUUGGAUCCACAAACAUUGACCAUAUUUAAUCAAUUCAAUAUUGUUGAUGCCAAUCAAAUACCAGGUUAUCAUCCUAUUUCAUCGAAUCUGCCUGAUUGGAAAAUUCAUCGAUUAGAAAGAAAAAAUCGUGAUGCAGCUAAUAUUUAUGCAGAUGAAUUAAAGAAAUGGGGUCUUGUACCACAUUGGAAACGUGAAUUAAUUGAAAAGAAACAAUUGAAUAAAAUGGAAACAAAUCCUCAUCAAUCACAACAUUACAAUAAUGAUACAUCAUUAACAACAACAACAACAACAAAUGAAUUAGCUGAAAAACUUCAACGUCGUUUAGAUAAAGUUACUAAAGCAAUGAUUGAAUAAUUUCAUCAUUGAAUACUGUAUUAAUGAAGUAACCAAGGUUUCUUGUUAUCAUUAUUAUUAAUAGGAUAUUACAUAAUUCUUAACGGUGUUCACUAAUUAUUCUUUAUUUAUAUGAUUGAUCUUUAUUUUCUGGCUACUGAUUACGCUUGAGUUUUUCUUGUUUAGAUAAUAGUUUUAACUUAUUCUGUUUCUAUGGUGCCUUUUAUUUAGAAUUCAGGUAACUAUGUCGUAUUAUUAUUAUUAUUACUAUUAUUAUUAAUAGUAGGGUAUAACAGCUAUUAUGAAGUGUAUACUUGUGAGAACUAUUAUUAUAGUAUGUGCUACUGAUGUUGACAGAUAUAAGUAGUAUGUAUAUGGUUAAUCGAAAAUAGAAAUGCUUGACGUCAGUAAGUUGAGAUCAUCGAAGAGAACAACACCACCACCACCACCACCAACAACAACGAAUGAUUGAUAUGGAAACGAAAGAAUCAUCAAAUCUAAGCCAAUGAAUGAAUAUUUCUACAACUUAAUUAUUUACUAUAUGAUUCAAAGAUUUCAAUAAAACAUUCUAUUAAUUUGUGUAUUCUUAUUCAAUACACUAUUCAUACUUUAUGAAUCCUAUUCAUAAUCGAAUCAAGAUCAUUGAUGGUGUUUCUUUUUGUUUUUCAUUUCUCUUUGAUAUUUCAAUGAUAUUGAAUAUUGAUCACUUGUUUGUUUGAUCGAUUCUUUGAUUUGAACAUGAUUGAUUAUUGAUUUGUUUUAUUUCCUCUUGAAUAAAUCUUAUCUGAAUACUAUUGACAAUCAUAUCAAAUCAUUAACUCUAUAUUAUUACUUCUAGAAUAAUCGAUAAUGAUAACCAAUCAUUAAUAAUUAUUCAAAUAAUGACAAUCAUUUCAAUGAUUAAAAAAAAACUUUACUCUUUCCAUUCUAUGUAUCUUCAAAUGACGUACAUUUGUUUAUGUGUUUAGUUAGUUGAGUUAAUUUUGUUAAUGUUUGUAAUAUUCUUCAAAGUUUAUAAUACAUACUGGUUGGGGACCGCAAGAUGAUCGCAACCGAUGGUUAGAGACCUUGAAUGAUAUGGUUGAAAAUCGUUUGCAAUAGCGCAGGUGCAUACACUCUUUGUGUUCUCCCAAAUUCUAAUCUUCUGAUUCCUCCUUGUCUCUUUUUUCUUUUCCCAAGUUUAUUUCACUGGAUUAUACUCUUUGAAUAACAUCUACGAACCCUAAUCUUUCCGAUUACUGCUUAUACUCUUACUACCUCUACCACUAAGGGAUUUGAAUCGACAAUUGUAUCUUUGUGCUAAUGUGGUAUGGUAACUCGAAGUGAUGUAUGUACGUACGAAGUUCUACGUUGUUACUGCCUGACUAUAAUACAAACUAAUUCAAUGAUAAGUUAUGUGAUAUUGUACAUUUACAAUUGAUUAGUUACUGGGUAGAGGUGAUCAAUAUCAUACGUGUCAGGUCCUUAGUGUACAUUGAAUCCUAUCGAUCAAGUUAUAAUGUGGCUAUUAGUCUGUCUAGGUGAUUCAAUUAUUGCAUGCACUGUUGUUAAGAUAAGAUAGUGGGUGAAGGUAGUCAAUAGGAAAUUAUGGACCUAGUUUUCCAUUUAAACACAUAAACAUUGGUACAAGAACGCAACAAAUAGAUAUACGCCAAAUAAACCAUUUGAUUUGUGUAAGGGCUGGGAUACUUCUCGAGUGCCCGAAUCGAAGCAGGUGGUUUCCUUAGGGAGUCACAUCUAGGAGCCUUCGACCUAGAGGUCUGAUCCACAAGGCAGUGGAACAAGGUCAUGACAUUCACUCCCACGGUAGCCGAUGACCAACAAUAGGUUCAUACACCAUUUGUUCCCUCAGGAUCCUGAAACCAGCCCAUGUGCAUCAUUGGUUUGGAAUCAGGGUUUUUCAACUCCCCUAGGUGGACCCUCCAUAUCCACCGACCCGGUUAAAGCGCCGAACAUUCGCUUUUCGUCCUCUCAAUUUCGUAAACAAUAGUAUUGUCACGAGAAGGCAGUGAGUAGGACUUGUAUGGCAGUGGUUGUAUGCAUGUGGUCAUGUGGGAACAUUUCAAAAGGCAGAGCUGACUCUCCCCACUCUCAGCCGUACCACAUCAUUUGAGGGCAACUUUAUCUGCGACUAUCAUGUUGAGGUGAUCCAGAAAACUUCUCGCAAAAGACAAGAAAGCCUCAAGAAACACUGAGAAGCAUUUUAUCCAAUCAGCGUUCACUUGAAGUUUAGCCAGAAAUAUCAAGAAAGUGAAAAGUCACAUGUAGGGUUUCUGAUUGACUAACUACUACUAUGUUGAGUAGCAUUCCAGAAAUUUCGGGGAACUCAAGGACAUCUAAAAUACUAUAAAAACCCUAAUAUUUUCUUUACUAAAACGAAUCAUUGGAGUAAAUUGCUUCUCGUAUAUUUUGCGCACUUUCUCCCGUGUUCAGAUCGUUGUGUCGUUCUAACUUGGGCGAGGGGGGGGGUUACGAGAAUAGCUUAGGAACCGAAUAUAGCGUUCAAUUAGCAAGAUUUAUCAUUGAUAACUUAAACUAUUAAGCUGUAAUUCAGUAAUCUUCAUUCAUGACUAGAUGAAAGGAUAAUCCAAUUUCAUCUAUAAUACAUAUUUCACUCUUUGUAUAAUUGAUUCUUCAGUAGUCAUGUAAGCUUGUCAAAGUUAUUUGUUUUCAAUUUUUCACCAUAAAAUUAUAUUAUUUGAUAAUCAUGAAAAAUUGAAGAGCCUCAGGAAGCUUUUCAUUCUAGUUUAAGACUCUUCUACAGUGAUCAUACAUGAUUCUGAAAGGAAUCAAUACGAGAAGACCAUUAGGUCUCAUAGAUAGAUGGAUUGACUUGGAAAAUUAUUUGUUCCCAUUAAAAAGAUUCAGCUCACAAUCCCGUGUGUAAGAUAGAUUUCAACAGUAUGUUUAAGAAGAAAAGGGAUAAUUUUUCUGUUUACUCAUUUAUAGAGUUAAAAUGUAAGAAUAUCCUAAAGCAAUUCUAAUUGAAGUGUUAAGUUCUUGUAGUAAAAUUCAGUAUUUUACAUUAUAAUCCCACAAUAAGCCCCCGAAUGCCCUGGUACGGCCGAGAGUUGGGAGAGUCCGCUCACUCUCUCGGAAUGCUCUCACAUGACCACGCGUAUAUAGCCUCUACCAGGGAAGUCAUACUCACUGCCUUCUCGUGACAGGGGGGUGUUGUUUACGAAAUUAACAGGACGAAAUGUGAAUGUCCAUCGCUUUAACCGGGUUGGUGGACAUGCAGAGUUCACCUAGGGGAGUUGGAAAACCCUGGUUCCAAACCAAUGGUGCACAUGGGUUGGCUCAAGUAUCCUGAAAGAAAAAAUGGCGUAUGAACCAAUCGUUAGUCACCGGCUACCAUAGGACUGUAUUUUCUGACGUUGCUCCACCGACUUAUGGAUCAAACUAUUAGGUCAAAGGCUCCGGUUAUGAACCUCUAAGAAAACCACCUGCUUCGGUUUGGGCACCCGGGUAGUAUCACAGCCCUCGUACAUAUCAAAUGAGAUUUGUGUGGUGCAUAUGUAUUGGGUGCCUCCUUGUACCAAUAUCUAUGUGUUAUAAUAAAUAAAACUAAUUGUUACUUUUUAGGGUAGAUAGAUAAAUGAGAAUAAAUGACUACUUCCUAAUCAUUAACUUUAUAAAUC